GCUUUGGCUGCCAUGAUCCCCGGUGGCCAAGCUCCGGUCUCGGGCCGAGGGCCGCCCUUGUGGAGCCAUGGCGUGUGGGAACAGGGCCCUGAGACGGUACCCAGACAGGCAGCGAGGAGGACGGCAGCUGUUGCUUCCACUCUGGUGGCUGCUGGCACAGCUCUUCGCCGCCGAACAGGGCACUCCUGCGCCCGAAAAGCCGUCGCCGGAGGUGAUGCGGUAACGACGCUGGAGCCGACGCGGCCAGGGGAGCGGCAGGCGCCGCCCACGGGAGAGUUGCAGGGCGACGUGUUUUUGGUGCAGACUCCAUUGACCCUGCCGCCCCCAGUGCCAGCAGGGCUUGCAAACAUAUUGCCCAAGCAUUCGGUGGUGCUGGCCUCGCUGAGCCACGGCGGCUACGCGGCCUUUGACUUCGUCCCCGAGGCGGCGGAGGAUCCCAUGGUGGCGCUGCAGCUGUUGCUAGGCGGUUCCGUGGACGGCCUCUGCGGUCUUCGGCGCCUGCAGAGGCUGCCGCGCCAAGCGCUGCGCUUGGGGAAGGUCAAGCAGCUGACGGUAGAGGAGGUGAUUGCCGGGGUGAACAACACCUUCGACAAGCAGCUCUCCUUGACCUCAAACGAUUGCAACAACUACUCGCAGGCCGUAUUGAAGGCCAUCCUGCAGGACCCUGAAAAGAUGGUGCAGGAAAGGCUGUUCUCCACCUUGGACUGGGAUGGAAUGGCCUCGGAGAAAGUGGAGUACAAGGAGCCAUCUGUGCUGAAUGCGAUCGUUCUGGUGGCUGGGACCACAGUGGGUGCUGGCAUCUUGGCCCUGCCCGCCGUGACGCAGCCUGCAGGAUUCAUCCCAUCCACGCUGGCGCUCACUGGAGCGUGGAUGUAUAUGGCCACCACGGGGCUCUUCAUUGCGGAGGUGGCGUGUAAAACAAUGGCCACCACUGGAAAGCCGGCCACGUCCUUGAAAUCCAUGGCAGCAGGUUCAGUGGGCCCAAUAGGUGCCUGGUUAACGUCUGCGGCCUUUGUCUUCCUCCACAUGGCUCUACUCAUCGCUUACUGUUCCCGGGGCGGCGAGCUCCUCACCUCGUUGUUGCCGGGCUCCCUGGGGGUGCCACCGCCCUUGGCGUUCGCGGGGCUCUUCGGUGGCUUCAUCUUCGUCACCAAGGGCACGGAUGCCUUGGAUCAGGGGAACAACAUUUUCGCCACCAUUGUUGUGGCCUCAUUCUUCGCCUUGGUAGCCCUUGUCAUCCCUGCGGGCGAUCUUGGACAACUUUUUUCCACCAGCAACUGGUCACAAGCCACCGAUACCAUCCCCACGCUGCUGUUGUCCUUGGUGUACCACAACGUGGUGCCUACGGUGUGCGCACAACUGGAGGGAGACCGCAACAAGAUCACCAAAGCAGUGGUAGUUGGCAGUCUCAUUCCAUUUUUGAUGUUCGUCAUUUGGAACGCCGCCGUGCUGGCCGCAUUGCCCGGCGCGACGGGGACCGCCGAUCCCUUGGAAGUGCUGCGGAGCAGCGGCAGCCCGCUGGUGGCAGGUGGUAUUUUGGCCUUUUCGCUUUCGGCCAUCGUCACUUCCUUCGUGGGAUUUGUGGUGGCGCUGACCGACUUCUUCGCCGACUUUCUGGGAGGUGAAGACAGCUCCUCAACGGGGCCUGGCUUUUCACUUGCGAAGCUUCGAGAUUUCGCGCUGACGCUGGUGCCACCGGUGCUAGUGGCCGUGUGGGAUCCCAGCCUCUUCUUCCAGGCCAUUGAUCAGGCUGGCGCCUUCGGGGUCUCGACCCUUUUCGGUUUGCUGCCUGCCUUGAUGGUUCUUUCCCAGCGCUCCAACGAGUCGCCAGUCUUGACCCGAAACCCCGAAUUUCUGGGCGGCUACAAACGCGGUCCUAUCCUCCCUGGCCCCUUGCUGCCCCUGCUAGUGGCUGCUGUGGCCCUGUGGGUGGUCGGGGACAAUGCCCUUGAGCUGCUCCAGCCGGGGCUAUAGGGACCGGCCAAGAUGGGCCAAGUACUUGGAGGAUGGUAGAGGCGAAAGUUGUUGAUGUCUGGUGAUUUCUGAAGUCCUGAAGUGUCAGGAUUUUCUAUGUUUCUGGCAGGUGAGUUUGAUGUGGGGAGAAAACCCAGCUUGUCAGUUGAAACUUUCUGGAGCCAAACAUCCAUUGUCAAGAGAUGUGUUGACGGCUCCAACUAUUGCAAGCAUAAUGUCGAUCUGUUGAAAGGUGUCGGGUGAGAAGGCCUGAGCCAAUUUUCGAGCUUCCAAACAGUUUCAUUCACUUGAUGUUGUGCGAAGUUUUAAGCUCCCCCAUUGGUAACGAAAAA